AGGGCGCCGCUUCUGCGGCCGGGAAGAGCGAGCCCAGGCGCCGGCGGUGCGGGGAGGCGUCCCAGAGGAAAACAAAAAGCUCUUUCUCCUGACUUACCAAAAACUAAAAUACUGACUACUAUCACUGUGAUGAGAUUCCUAGUCUCAGGAACUGAAGUCUUUAAACAACCAGGGGACCCUCUGCCCCUAGAAUAAGAACACAUUAGAAGUCUAUUCUGCUAGCUCAAGGAGUUGGUUUAUCAUCAUGAUGAGUAUUUGAUAUUAUUGGACACUGUGGGAUGUCAGUGAUGAAUGUGUAAUUGAGGAUGGCAGAGACAGAACAGAGCACCUCCCAUGGCACCUGUGAAAGCCUGCAGGAUCAUGGGAGACCACCUGGACCUUCUCCUAAGAGUGGUGCUUGUGGCCAGUCCUGUGUUUGGAAUUCCUUCCUGCUCCUUUGAUGGUCAGAUAGCCUUAUAUCGUUUCUGCAAUCUCACCCAGGUCCCCCGGGUCCUCAACACCACCGAGAGGCUCCUGCUGAGCUUCAACUAUAUCAGGACAGUCACUGCUUCAUCCUUCCCCUUCCUGGAGCAGCUGCAGCUGCUGGAGCUCGGGAGCCAGUAUACCCCCUUGACCAUCGACAAGGAGGCCUUCAGAAACCUGCCCAACCUUAGAAUCCUGGACCUAGGAGACAGUCAGAUAAGCUUCUUGCACCCAGAUGCUUUUCAGGGACUGUUCCAUCUGUUCGAACUUAGACUGUUUUUCUGUGGUCUCUCCAAUGCUGUAUUAAAAGAUGGUUAUUUCAGAAAUUUAAAGUCUUUAACUCGCUUGGAUCUUUCAAAAAAUCAGAUUCGUAGCGUUUACCUUCAUCCUUCAUUUGGGGAGUUGAAGUCCUUAAAGUCCAUAGAUUUUUCCUCUAACCAAAUAUUCCUUGUAUGUGAACAUGAGCUCAAACCCCUCCAAGGGAAAACGCUCUCCUUCCUUAGCCUCGCGGCUAAUAAUUUGUACAGCAGAGUCUCAGUGGACUGGGGAAAAUGUAUGAACCCCUUCAGAAACAUGGUGCUGGAGACUCUAGAUGUUUCUGGAAAUGGCUGGACAGUGGACAUCACAGGAAACUUCAGCAAUGCCAUCACCGGAAGUCAGGCCUUCUCUUUGACUCUUGCCUACCACACCAUGGGUGCCUCAUUUGGCUUCCAUAACAUCAAAGAUCCUAACCAGAGCACAUUUGCUGGCCUGGCCAGAUGUUCCGUGAGACACCUGGAUCUUUCACAUGGGUUUAUCUUCUCCCUGAACUCUCGAGUCUUUGAGAGACUCAGGGAUUUGAAGGUUCUGAACCUUGCCUACAACAAGAUAAAUAAGAUUGCAGAUGAAGCAUUUUACGGACUUGACAAGCUCCAAGUUCUCAAUUUGUCAUAUAACCUUAUAGGGGAACUUUACGAUUGGAAUUUCUAUGGAUUACCUAAGAUAACCAACAUUGAUUUGCAAAAGAAUCACAUUGGAAUAAUUCAGGACCAAACAUUCAAAUUCCUGGAAACAUUACAGACCUUGGAUCUCCGAGACAAUGCUCUUACAACCAUUUAUUUUAUUCCAAGCAUACCUAACAUCUUCUUGGGUGGCAAUAAACUAGCAACUUUGCCAAAGAUCAACCUUACAGCCAACUUCAUCCACUUAUCAGAAAACAGGCUAGAAAAUCUAGAUAUUCUCUACUUUCUCCUACAGGUACCUUAUCUCCAGAUUCUCAUUUUAAAUCAAAACCGCUUAUCCUCCUGUAAUGGAGGUCAGACCUCUUCAGAGAAUCCCAGCUUAGAACAGCUUUUCCUUGGAGAAAAUAUGUUGCAACUUGCCUGGGAAACUGGGCUCUGUUGGGAUGUUUUUGAGGGACUUUCUCAUCUUCAAGUUCUGUAUUUGAAUAAUAACUAUCUUAGUUUCCUUCCACCAGCAAUAUUUAGCCAUCUGACUGCAUUAAGGGGACUAAGCCUCAACUCCAACAGGCUGACAGUUCUUUCUCACAAUGAUUUACCUGCUAAUUUAGAGAUCCUGGACAUAUCCAGAAACCAGCUCCUAGCUCCCGAUCCUAAUUUAUUUGUAUCACUUAAUAUCUUGGAUAUAACUCAUAACAAGUUCAUUUGUGAAUGUGAACUUAGCACUUUUGUCAAUUGGCUUAAUCAUACCAAUGUCACUAUAGUUGGACCUCCUGCGGACAUAUAUUGCCUGUACCCUGAUUCGUUCUCUGGGGUUUCCCUCUUCUCUCUUUCCACAGAAGAUUGUGAUGAAGAGGAAAUCUUAAAGUCCCUAAAGUUCUCCCUUUUCAUCGGAUGCACUGUCACUCUGACUCUGUUCCUCAUGGCCAGCCUCAUCGUCGCCAGGUUCCGGGGCUUUUGUUUUAUCUGUUAUAAGAUGGCCCAGAAACUGGUAUUCAAGGACCAUCCCCAGGGACCUGAUAGGUACAAAUAUGAUGCCUAUUUCUGCUUCAGCAGCAAAGACUUCGAGUGGGUGCAGAAUGCUUUGCUCAAACACCUGGACACUCAAUACAGUGACCAAAACAGAUUUCACCUGUGCUUUGAAGAAAGAGACUUUGUCCCAGGAGAAAAUCACAUUGCCAACAUCCAGAACGCCAUCUGGAACAGUAGAAAGAUUGUCUGUCUUGUGAGCAGACACUUCCUUAGAGAUGGCUGGUGCCUUGAAGCCUUCAGUUACGCCCAGGGCAGGUGCUUAUCUGACCUGAACGGCGCUCUCAUCAUGGUAGUGGUUGGAUCCUUGUCCCAGUACCAGUUGAUGAAACAUCAAUCCAUCAGAGGCUUUGUACAGAAACAGCAGUACUUGAGGUGGCCUGAGGAUCUCCAGGAUAUUGGCUGGUUUCUUCAUAAACUCUCUCAACAGAUACUAAAGAAAGAAAAAGAAAAUAAGAAAGACAAUAAUAUUUCAUUGCAAACUGUAGCAACCGUAUCCUAAUCAAAGGAGCAAUUUCCAACUUACCUCAAGCCACAAAUAACUCUUCACUUUGUAUUUGCACCAAGUUACCAUUUUGGGGUCCUCUCCAGAGGGUUUUUUUUUUUUUUUUGCUACUAUGGAAACAACAUAAAUCUCUCGAUUUUCAUAUCAA